AUCUCCAUCAUGCAUGCAACUUCCGAUAAAGGAAAAUAUACACGGGGUCAAAUCUAAAAAGGCACAAUUUGAGGAACACUUUACAUGAGAGUGAUAACCAUGCAGUGCACUUGGGGCCUUUAAUUCGGUCAUCGACAGUGAGAAUGACUGUGAACUGUCAACGUCGAAUCGGUAUCCCAUCGGUAUAAAGAAAAAAUCGAUGUGCUGAAGAUUUAAAUCUUCGAACCGGACCUUAAGAGAUAAGCAUCACAUCAAGGACUUCGCCUGUGCCAAUCGUGAUUAAAUAUGGACCAGGAAGAGAUCGACGAUGGAUUAGCUCCUCAUGAGAUGGUGAACGGCUUGGGGGACGAUCUCGGCUUAAUUUCCGUCGACGAUGGGCUUGAGUGUGAAAACACAGGGGAAGAAGAAGUGAGGACGGAUGAUCAUGAUGAUGAUAUCGCAGAUGGUGGCGAAAAAGAGGAUUCAGAGCCUGUGUCAGAGAAGCAACCCACUGAUCAGCAAGCGGAAAGUACGACAUCCUCCUCCUUGUCGUUUGAUACAACACCUGCCCUCAUGUCGACUACUCCUGGUCGUUUUGUCUCCCUAUGGAUACCGAAUGACACUACAGAGACAGAGAAACCUGACAAGCCGUUACCGAGUUCGUCUCUCACAGUUCGACGUUCUUUAGAACGAUCACCUCCAAAGAAGAAAGACGCCGUGGUGCUCCUCAACCACCUCGACGGAUCCGAGUUCACUGACACCCUCCACUCCCAGGCAAUCGAACAGGAAACUACUAACCUAUCCAGAGACGAGAAGACCGAUUCAGUGACGUCACCAACCCGUCAGAAACCCCCUCCAAGAUCUCAAGAUGAAAAGAUACGCCUGGCUCGGGAGUUCAUCGACCAAUAUUAUGCGCAUGCUCAGAGGUCAGGAACUGUAUCUCACGAGCGUCGCCUGUAUGAAGUUCAAACGAGCAUCAAAGAAAGUGGUUCAUAUCAUCUCACUGAAGCUGAGCUCAUAUUCGGGGCAAAGUCAGCAUGGAGAAACCUUCCACAGUCUAGAUGCCGAAUUUAUUGGAAUAAGCUACAGGUUUUCGAUGCUAGAAAAGUGACAAAUUCUCGUGAUAUGUUCGAGAUGCUGUGCAAGCAUUUACUGUAUUCGACAAACAAGGGAAAUGUGAGGCCGGCUAUAACAGUAUUCCCACCUCGUAAAGGCGACAGUCAAACGGAUUUCCGGAUUUGGAACUCACAGUUGAUCGGAUAUGCAGGGUAUCGGCAACCCGAUGGAUCAGUGUUGGGGGAUCCGAGCAAUCUUGCAUUUUCUGAGGUUUGUCGAACUCUUGGAUGGCGGAGUGAUCGAACCCGUUUCGAUGUCCUUCCGCUUGUUCUCCAGGUCAAUGGUGAGGAUCCUGAGGUCUUUGAAAUCCCACCCGAGCUGGUUCACGAAGUGGAAUUAUCGCAUCCAGAGCUUCGAUGGUUUAUGGAUUUGAAGUUGAAGUGGUACUCGAUGCCUUCCUAUGCCAAUUUCAUGCUAGAUAUUGGCGGUAUCCAGUUCCCAGCCUGCCCCAUUAAUGAAUGGUAUGUUGCAUCGGACAUCGCUAAUAAUGCUCUCUGUGCACCGAAGCGUUACGACAUGCUUAGGAUGAUUGCUGAUCGUUUGGGUCUUGAUGUAUCGUGCACAGACUCACUUUGGAAGGAUAGGACACUGGUUGAAAUGAAUGUAGCAGUUCUUCACAGCUUUCAGCAAUAUGGCGUUACGAUCAUGGAUCAUCACACAUCAUCAAUGGAGUUUAUGAAUUUUUUUGCUUCCGAACACGAGGUUAGGCAAGGUUGUCCAACGGACUGGAGAGCCGUGGUUUCCCCGCUGACCGCCAGCGUGACUUCGCUCUUUCAUCAAGAAACACUCAACUAUCAGCUGAUGCCAACCUUCACUGUUCAGGAAAACCCGUGGAAUAAAGCAGAAUGGAAAUCUAAGUUAUCAUCUGGAAAGCUAAGCAUAGAUAGAAUUCGUUCACCGGGAGCAGAUCCAUCACGGUUUUCAUCACGCAUUUUACGUCGGGCCCUCUCUGGCACAUUCAAGGCUACUGUACUCUAUGGUGGGUUCAGCAAAUCCGAAUACUAUGCGAAGAAAGUGUACGAAACAUUUCGAAAGGCCUUCGACAUUCGUCUGCUUCGCAUGGAUGAAUAUGACGUCAUGAAUCUGGAGCACGAGAAUCUUUUGUUGGUUGUAACAAGCACGCAUGGCAACGGGGAACCGCCUAGCAACGGACAGGACUUCUGUCGCUAUCUGAUGGAAAUGUCAGAAAAUAACAACAAUGUAUCGUCCAUUCCUCAAUCACCGGUUUCUCCACGAUGUGAGAAGUUUUGCGAUGGGAACCCUCUAACCGAAGCGACUAGUGAAGGAGGGUUUAAGCUAAGAGGAAGUGGAAUUCUAGGGAGUCUCAGCUAUGGAGUGUUUGGGUUAGGAUCGAGUAUCUACCCAUAUUUCUGUGCCUUUGCCCGCGGUGUGGAUCUGAUGUUUGACUCGCUAGGAGGAGAUCGACUCGUCGACAUGGGAUGGGGUGAUGAGAUGGGAGGACUAGAUGAAACCUUCGAUGGAUGGCUCAUUAAAACUUUCAUGGCCGCAUGUGAGAAGUUUCAUAUUGGAGACAGUGCCUCUGGAAUAACACCGAACCUUGCUACGGUCGCACCUGGCACAGACUGGGCGGCGUCCAAAUUCAGGAUCUACGCAGCAGGAAUAGAUGUUAAGUCUAGUGCUCCUGUACCUGAUCUAUGUGAUGCUCUGAGUCACCUUCAUGACCGGAAGGUCUACCCUUGUAACAUCAUCUCAAGGAAGAGUCUUCUACCACCGGAAUCCAGUCGUUCAACUAUCCUAGUCCGCCUCAAUACCAACGGGGAAAAGGAGAUGGCGUACCAACCCGGUGAUCACGUGGCUUUCUUCCCAUCCAAUGAAAGCGCAGUAGUCACUCGUGUGCUCAAGCGACUCGACUACCAAAAAUCUCCCGAUGCAAUAUUCAAGUUGGAAAAGCUUGAGCCGCGGGAGACACAACUCGGUACGUUAAAAGUUUGGACAACUGUUUCUCGUUUACCUACUUGCUCAAUGCGGACCGCUCUGGAGCGCUUUCUGGACCUCACCACUCCCCCAACACCAGACUUCCUCCGCCUUCUAGCAACUAGGGCUACAGACCCGAGAGAUAAAGAGAAGCUUGGUAUACUUGGUAUGGGAUCCAAUGAAUACGAAGAGUGGAAGUGGGAGAACUGGCCCAACAUGGCAGAGGUGCUAGAAGGAUAUCCCUCUCUCAAGGUUCCAGCAUCGCUUCUACUCACCGAGCUACCUCUUCUACAGCCAAGAUAUUACUCCAUCAGCUCCAGUCCAAAGCAGUACCCUAACGAGAUCCAUGCUACAGUAGCAGUGGUCUCGUAUCAUCCUAACGGAGGCCGAGGCCCAGUACAUUAUGGAACAUGCUCUUCUUGGCUAUAUCGAGUGUGGAAGGAUGAUGUCAUACCAGCCUUCGUGAGCUCAACCCCAUACUUCCAUCUUCCUGCGGACAAGUCUGCUCCAGUCAUCUUGGUAGGACCUGGGUCUGGUAUCGCUCCCUUCAGGUCCUUCUGGCAGGAUAGACAGGCUGACUUGCGUCACCUUGCCUCGUUUAAGAGAGAGCUUGCCAACAACAAUAAUACCGAAGAAACGGACGUGAAGGAUCGCCGCGGUGAAGGAGAUGGUUUGGACACCUUCGGGGAUAUAACCCUGGUGUACGGAUCCAGAAAUGCCAAAGAAGACUUGUACAAAGGAGAGACGUCAGUGGCUAAAGAUGAGGGCGCCCUUACUGCUGUCAUGACAGGGUAUUCUCGGGAUCCUGGCAAGCCUCGAAAAUACGUACAAGACAUUCUCAAAGACCAUCCUUGGUUAGUUUACAAUGUUCUAUAUCGCCGUCAUGGCCAUAUCUAUGUCAGUGGGGAUGUCAUCAUGGUGAAAGAGGUCAGCAACACUAUCGAGAGCAUUAUUUCUCAGUUUGGUCGUCUAGGGGCAGUAGAGGCAAGAGAUUUUGUCCGGAAAAUGAAGGACGACGAUCGUUAUCACGAGGAAAUGUACGGCCUAACUUUACAUGUUGGUGAGGUCAUGGAGAAAAUACGUGUAAGUAAGAAAGGUACCCAGGUGAUGGUGAUGAAGAAUGAAGGUCCCAAGCUUCAACCUAUCAUUGGUAGAAAGGGAGCAGCACUUGCAAAGCAACAAGAGGCUCUUCGCCAAGGAAUUCCAGGAUCGCCCACCAUGCCCCGACUGCGCAGGCGCGUGACAGCCACUAUUCUUAUGCGGUAUAAUAGCUUGAUGGGAAAGGACAAGAAGAAAACAGAAAAUGAAAAACCAAUGGCAGGAGUUAGACUACGAAAACCCACAGAUGACAUCGCGGCCCGAAGGAGACGCUAUGAGGACGGUCGACGUUACAGUACUGGCAGUUCAAACCGUGUUGUAAAAGCUUGAAUUCCUUGAAAUACUAUUAGUAUACAUCUUACUUUACAAAAUGAAAAUAAACAUUGUUGUUUGAUCCAUCAAUUGUUUUAAGUGGUAUAGGUAAAUAUUUCCCGUGCUCACAGAAUUAGAUUAGUUGAGGAAUAGUCCAUGGGUGUUAAAAGUAGGUCAAACUUCAUCAAGUAGCCUUCUCCUCGAGGAAAUCUCACGGAGACGUCUCCGCAGUCGAGGAUGUACUUAUUCUAUGCGACAUCUCUUUAUAAACUGAUGAAGACGUCUCUGCAACUAGCCAAAUCUGGAGUCGUCUAACUAGCUAGUCGCGAUCUAGUUGCACGUCCAGAGACCCUUAACCUUCAGUUGAUUCAUAUGUAUAUUCUCUGUAAAUAGUAUGUUCACCAAUGGAAAUUAUCUGAUCACUAUAAGUAAAUGUAUAUGCUCGAUAAUGAAAUGACUUACAAUUCCACAUUGGUUUGUUUUAAGUUGAUGUAAGAAUUAAAUUUUGUAAAGGGAUUUGAUGAAGAAAUGUUAGUGAUGACGAUUACACUGUAAAAACUGUGGUGUUAAAACUGACACCAGUGGGUGUUAAUAGAGGACCACACCCUCUGGUGUUAAAAGUACACACUAGAGAUUGAAUAUAACACCAAAGAGUGUACAUGUAACAACCAAAGAUGUUGCAAUAACACCUAUAGGUGCUAAACUAACACUGUCAAUUUAACACCGGUGUGAUAUCACUGGUGUGGUCCUCUAUGUACACCGGUUAACACCGCAGUUUUUGCUGUGUACGAUUAUGAUAGAAUAUUUUUUUUAGAUAAAGAAUCGUCCGGAAGAAGAAAAUAACAAGUCUUUAUUUUGAUGACGUUAUAGUCAAUUUUAAACCAAUAUAAUCGUUUAUACAGGUUGACUUCGAAUAUUUCUACAUAAUUCAAAUGCGAUUGUGAAGCAUUUACAAGCUGUGCUAAUAUCAAAAUUAACAUUUGAUUUAUUUGUAUCAACUUUGUGAAGACAGUCAGUCUGCAAGCCCCUAUGUUAAUGAGCAAAUGAGCAAGAUUUAUCCAAGUCCUCUCGUGGCUGAAUUCAUGUCCCUGCAAAUCUCGUGAAUUGUGAGACUUUCUUUCUCAAAGAAUUGAACCAUUUUUUCCUUGAGUAAAAUUGAUUAUUUUUGUACCAUGGGAAAGUUUAAACGUUACUCUUUUAUAAUGAUUGUUUCUUUUGAAUAAAAUAUCAUGAUAAAUAAGUGAGUUUCAGGCCUGAAAAGAUGCCUCAAACAGAGUUUUAUUCCUCUGUUUUCUCUUGCAAAUUGUUCAAAAUUUUGUGUUUUAGGCACAAUCAUUAUUAAUUUAUAUCAUCAGAAAGCUCAAACUCUACUUUCAUACAAUGUCACUCUUGAUAUGUGACACCUUUUAGAUGGGUCAGCAGCCAGCUUUUUCCACCAAAAUGCAAGACGAGAUUUCUGAAAUUGCUGAGUAGCAUAAAAUCCAGAGUUCUGAUUGGUUGAACAGUGUUUUCAAAACAACAGGCGCGGGCAAUUUGAAGAGAUUACCACAUGGUGAGUGUGACCUUGCAGAGGCCCAGUGUGGGAACAUUGGAAUUUGCUUGGGUUUGUGGUCUCUAUGACCAAUCAGAGUGCAGUAUUCUUGUUUGAAAACUGCUAAAUGUACUUGGCCUAUGAAAAGCUGGCUGACCCAUCUAAGAUACAUCUUCUUAUAAAACCUAUAUAUUAAAGCUCAGAUCUUCAGCUUUAUCAUAAACCAAAAAUUAUUUGGGCCCAACCAGAAAUCAAUUGUAAAAACAACAACUUUUGUUUCAUGAAAAUAAUUAUUUUGUUUCAUGUUUUAGAUCAAAAGUUUCACCUAUAUUACAAAAUACUUUCAAAAAUCAAGACACAUGACCUGAAAGAAUUAUUUUUCUUCCUUAUAAAGAUACCAAAAACAUGAAAUUUUGUCAAUAUUUAGAGCAGCAAUGACCGAAUAAAAAGAUAUGUUUUCGUCCACACCAAGCUCAUUAACAAUGUAAAAACCCUCUAGUCAUGAAUAUCACUUGGAUAAAAGAAGCUACUUUUUGAGGGCUUGACGACUGACUGAAGAUCACAGAUCUUAACUGAAACGGUAAUGAUCAGACGUUGAUAGGCUGCUGAUUAAUGCGGCCAGUUUCAUUCGCUAUCAAUUAUAGCAUAGUUGCCAUGUAUAUAUCAUGGAUAAAAGAACAAGGAUGAUCUCACCACUUAUUGAGAAUCCAUUUUAUUUAUUUGUUCUUACUUUUGUUGGUAUUUUACUUUCAUCGUGAUUCGAAGUUUGCCUUUGGGGCACUAACCGAGCAAUCAUACCUUUUUGCUGGAUAAGCUUAUAUCCAGGGAACUGACCAAGGCCUCUCUUCUCCGAAAAUUGAUUAAUUAUAAAGCCUUACUCCAGAGUGAUGUUUCACUGAUUUGAUUCUUAAAUUUACCCUUUUCAGAUCGGAAUAUCAAUUUCAUAAGCAUUAUACAAUUAAACAAGCAACACGAUGAAUUGUCACAGAAUGAAUUAACCAAGUUAUAGUAUUUUCAAGUCUGUUAUUUUUGUUACAAGAUAAAUAUUCUUAUUGCUGAUGAUUUUUUAGCUCAUCAUUGACUGUUGGUCAUUGUACCAGUGAACCCCAACUUAUUGUCCUUUAAAAGUCAUUAAUCAUGAUAAUGUUUGUAACCUUAAUGGAAAUAUAAUUGUGUUAUCUUGCUAUAAGUUAUGUUUGGUUUUUAUUUAUUCACAGUGAAAUACAUUAACCUGUCAAGUUGACGGCUGAAUUCUGUAAUUCCCAUUGGCUUUGUACAUGGAUCAUCCGGUUCCAGCAUGGACCUAGUAGGUCCAUGGAUCCAGUAGGCAAUGGGUUAAAAGUGGUAGUAUCCAUCGAGAUAGAUGGCGCCAUAUAAAUGCCAAUUAUUAUUAUCAUUAUUAUAUUCCAUCGUCUUCUCACUCAUGAUGUAUUCAUGAAGAUAUAGAUACAUUUUCUCAUGGAUAACUUUCAUAAAUUGUGUUUGUCUUUCUUUUGUUGGGUUGUUGAAUGGUGUUAUUUAUUUUGAAUAAAAGGUCUUAGAAACUUC